AUGGAACAACUCCUCGGCAAUAACACACUGGAGCCUGCAAUCCUGAAGCAGUUGUUCAUGCAACGCCUGCCAACAAAUAUCCAACUGAUCUUGGCCUCGACAAGCGACGUCGACAUCGCACAACUCGCUAAGCUCGCGGACAAAAUCGUUGAAGUUUCCCCAUCACCAGCUCAGGCCUGUGCUGCCGUUCCAGCACCAGCACUUGUUGCUGCAGUCAAGCCAUCCGCUGCAUCGGAAUUACAGUUGCUUCAAGCUCAAGUCGAAAAGCUCACGGCCCAGAUGGAGUUGUUGGUGCGCCAGAACCAGUAUCAACACGGUCGGUCGAGGAGCCGCAGUCGCGACCAAAGCCAGCACAGACGCGAUCGCAGUUCUUCCGCGUCGGGGGACAACCCUACUGAUUCCUGCUGGUACCAUUGGAAAUACGGGGACAAAGCUCGUAACUGCAAGGAAGCAUGCAACUACACACGCAACCACAGUUCCAACACGGCCCAGGGAAACCAGCAGGCCAGCGGAUAG